AUACUCGUGGGUAAACCUAUUCCCCUGCAUAAUAGUUUUAUAAUGAAGGUGCACUCCCUGGGCAGAUAACAUUUACAGUUGUUUCCAUGCUCCUUUGGGUCAAUACCAUUUCCCUAUAGAUAACGGCGUGCACAGAUGUUCACUCCACUUACGGAUUAGCAUGUUUGGCUGAGCACCUUUUACAUGGGCGCGUUCACUUUCCAAAGAAAUCACCUGGUGCCACUUUUCUUUAUCGACACUGCAUACUAUAGCGGCAGAAGAUGAAUCUCACUCUCACAGAAGUCUGCUGUGCCUUUGAAGCUCCCAUCCUGGACCAGGUUUUGCCUCCGGUUCUCAUCCUGGAGUUCAUGUUUGGACUAACGGGGAACUUUAUCGCCCUGUGGAUGUUCAUCUUUCACAUGGACACGUGGAAACCCAACGCUGUGUACCUGACUCACCUGGCAGUUGCCGACUCCGUUGUGCUCUUCUGCCUGCCUUUCCGAGCAGAUUACUACAGGCGUGGGAAAAACUGGCUCUACGGUGAUAUUCCAUGUCGCAUCCUGCUCUUUCUACUGGCAGCCAACCGCGCAGCAGGGAUCUUUUUCCUCACGGCUGUGGCUGCCGAUCGUUACUUCAAGAUUGUCCACCCGUCGAACCGGAUCAACCAAAUGGGGCUGAGCUAUGCUCUCUGGGUCUCCCUUGGCCUCUGGUGCUUGAUCUUCCUUGCUACUGGAUACCUUCUUGCUGAUGAGCACUUCUUCUACAACAACAAUCGCACACAGUGUGAGAGUUUCAACAUCUGCAUGGACUUUAGUCCCCUUACCACCUGGCACAACAUUUUCUAUGUCAUCCAGUUUUUCCUGCCCACUGCCAUCGUGGCCUUCUGCACCAUCAGAAUUACGUGGCAGCUGAGAAUCCGGACCGUGGACAAGAAAGGGAAAAUUAAACGGGCCGUUCAGUUCAUCCUGGCCGUGGCUUUAAUCUUCAUCACCUGCUUUUUCCCCAGCACUAUAUCGCGUAUCGCUGUGUGGGUCCUCAAGGUAUGGCACCAUGAAUGCAAAUACUUUGAAAAUGUCAACCUGGCAUUCUACACGACGGUGUGCUUCACUUACUUCAACAGCGCCCUCAACCCUGUUUUGUAUUACUUCUCGAGCCCUGUGUUCAGUGGAACCUUCAAGAAGGUCCUGGACAAACUGCUGAGAAGAAGCAGCGACAAAGACGAGACAAAGUCAUCAGAGAAUGACAUUUCCACCAUAGAUGAUAGAAGGCUGUAAAGCCAGCUGCUUGUCCCUUCCACUCAAAUACUGCAGGGAACCUAAGAUCCACCUUAUUACAUGAAUGCAUUAUGCAUGGUGAAGACCUGGCUAUUGAAAACAUUUGUUAUUGUAGCUGAAAUCAAAUGUAAAAGAGGUUUUUGCUGUAAUCUUGGACAAAAUAACUCGAUAUACAACUUAGCUGUGUAGUGCUUCCUUGUAUUGCAAUAAUGCACCUGUUGUGACUUUGGAUGUAUUUUGUAAUCGUGAGCCUCUAACUCAUGAUUGCAUGUUCUCUAGUAGCCGGGCAGGUGAGUAAACCAUGAACUUAAAAGCUUGUCAAGGCAGUAUAUCACAUAGCUGCUAUCUGCUCAUGUAUCCAUUAUUCUUGAUAAGGUUGUGUUUUAAUGCUUUUAUUAGGCAGUCAUUUCCAAUGUAAACGGUCUAUGCUGACCCCCCCCCCCCCCCCCUCCCCACUGCCCACUGCCCACUGAAAUAUUUAUAGAAUGAAUGGGUUGUAUAGCCACAGGGAAAUUUAGCUCAUGUUAGUGCUAGCAUUAAACUAUUAGGGCAAAGUGAGAUUUUGUGAUAGUCUAGCAGGGUUUGCAGGUAAUUUAAAUAGUUGUAACAAAGCAGUAUAUAUCUGAAUGCCUUUGCAAAUGUGUUUCUGCUUCUAUAACGUUUCAGUCUGUGUACCCUGUCUUAUUUUGUUUUCAAUAAAUCAAACAUUAGGAUC